AUGACUGAUUUGGGAUUAAUGCACUAUUUUCUUGGGAUUGAGAUAGCUCAAUUUGAAGAUGGGAUCUUCAUUGCUGAGAAGAAGUAUACUACUAGUUUAUUAAAGAAGUUCAAGAUGGAAGGUUGUAAAACAGUAGCAACACCUCUGGGUAGCAACAAAUCACUUAGAAUAGAAGACGGUACACCAAAAGCAGACAGUUCACAAUUUCAAAGCUUAAUUGGAAGUUUACUCUAUCUCACAGUUACAAGGCCAGACAUAAUAUCCGCUAAGCGGAUACUAAGAUACCUUCAAGGAACAAAAGACUAUGGAAUAAGGUAUCAAUCUACGCCUAACUCAAGACUACUUGGGUAUACUGAUAGCGAUUGGGCAGGAUCAGUAGAUGAUACGAAGGGCACAUCGAGCUACACAUUCACACUAGGUUUCAGAAUAUUCUCUUGGACAUCAAAGAAACAAGCAACGGUUACACAAUCAUUAGCUAAAGCAGAGUAUAUUGCAGUAGCAAUGGCAACGAGUCAAGCUCUAUGGUUAAAACGUAUACUUGAAGACAUAGGAGAACGAUAA